AUAAUUUACUUGAGGGAAGGCCUGAUAAUGCGGAACUGGAAUGUUUGUUCGACCGACGACCGUUUCAGAUGAUAGAAGUUUCACCCAAUCGCUAUGCGCAAGGUCGGAUGACGGUUUCACAAUUGAGAGUAAACGUCUGUUUAUGUGCAAAACGAUCGCUUAUGCGAAAAAACAGAGUUUUCACAUUCAUAGGUCUUCGACAAUAGAAUUCAGCAAAUAAUACUAAUUAUGCACUCACCCAUGAUUAGUUUUUCUAAAAUAUACCAGCUCUGAGCCAUAACUGGAUGAAUCCUAUCAGUAGUUUUGAUUAUAUUGUCUUGCGCUCAAGAAAUUUUACCCUGGAAUGGAAGUAUACAUUGAGACAAAUAUUCUUUACUUAUUAUCUAUUCGCUCGUUUGUCAAGAAGUAUGACAAGCGUAGUGCGAUAUGGAAAAGUCAGCGACCGAAUAGUAAGACGCGUGCAGAUCAGCAAGAAAAUGACAUGUCAAUGCCUGAUCAAUUACGGCAAGACCGUGCUGAGAAUCACUUUUUGCCUCCGUGAGAAUCGUAACCAACAUUGCGUAUGAUACGGUGACGAGUCAGAGCUUUGUAGUAGUUAGUACUGCGCGCGACAUGUGCGCGAUAUCAUUGAUUGUCACACAAAGCAAGCAGGAUGGAGUUGCUUGCUCGAACUUUCAAUCGGAACCCAAGUGCCGUCAACGUAAGUGGAAUCACUGACACUCGAUUCUCAUAAUUUGAGGCUGGACUUUUAGUAAAAAUAUAUACGAUUGGCUUAAAAUAACUUUUUUUCUGCGUAAUCUAAUUGGCU